AUGACACGUGCAAAAAACAAUGCUGAUUUUUUUACCAAGUUAGCAAAACUACCACCCAAAGUUAUUACUAUAAUUAUUGAUGAAUUACCAAAAUGCAUAUUAGCUGAAUUAUUGUAUUUCCCAUCCAUUAGAGAAGUUGUUGCUUCUACAAUCUUGUCAAAUGUAAAUAUUACUGAGGGUCUUCAAAGACAUGGGUGGAAUUAUGAACCAGAUGUUGGUUAUGCUGACUGCAAUUGUGUCUCGUUCAACAUUGAAUUCGGUAAUUUGAAGAAAGGUAUAAAUCAAUGGAAUAUAUAUCCAAAAGUUUUUCAUAUGAAAGGUUUAUCUCAAUUUGUGGAUGUUUUGUUAACUUGCCCAGAACUUUUAACUAAGGCUUCAAGCGUCAAUAGUACUUUCUCCGGGUUAGAAGAUACAGAGGUAGAAAUUUUGGAGAAAUUGUUGAUGGAUUCCAAUAUUAAAUUUGAUUAUUUGAGUCUAUCGGAGUUUCCAGAUCCAAUCACAUUAUCACCCAUUGUCAAAAAUAUUCUGUUAUUGAAUACCACAUUGAUUAGUUAUGUGAUUCCUGGCGUAAAAAAAUUGGACAUUGUCUUCUCUAAUGGUAACGAAGAAGGUCAAAAUUAUGUUUUUGCUUCUGAUUUGGAGGAAUUGACAAUAAAGGAUGAUCGGUUUACCCAAUUGAAUUUGCCUCCAAAUUUACGGAAACUAUCUAUCGAAUCAUCUUUGGGCUCGGUAAAUAUCAUAUCUAAAGAAUUGGUAAAUCUAGAGUAUUUGCAGCUUAAGGAAUUGAAAAUUGCAUCUUUUGACGAAACUGGAAUAACUGCCCCAAAUUUGAAAACAUUAAACUUAGAAAAUUGUCAAAACAUUACCGAUUUUAUUGGUUUGAGAAGAUUUCAAAAAUUAAAGUACAUAUCUUUGAAGGGUUGUGUUUUCCCAGCUGGUUUACUUGAGGAAGGUUUGUUUCCAGAGUUGGAGAUUUUUGAAUAUUCAGGGAAAGAUUUUGAGCCAGAAAGCGAAUACGAUGGACCAUUACCAUUACCUGCAAAUUUAAAACAUGUAUCAAUAAAGUGGGCUAGUUCUGUUAUAAUUGAUUUAAAUACUUUUGUUCUUCCAUCUAGAUUAAAACAUUUGGAACUUUGGGAUAUUAGGUUUAGUCAAGGGCAUUUACAGUUUAAUGAAGAUUUAGAAUAUGUACGGAUUCGUACACGAGCAAUAAGAUUUCCAGGAGAUUUCAGGAUUCCUCCAUUGGUGAAACAUUUUCAAAUAAAAGCUACUCAUUUGUGUUUUUACAAACCAGAUUUUAUGUAUCAUUUGCCCGAUGGAUUAAACAACUUACAAUUAGUAUGCCCUGACUUAGGAAGAAUGGAUGGAUUAGAUAAAAUAGUUCAAUGGCCAGAAUCAUUAAAAGUGUUCCGUAUGCAUUAUUUGGGUUUAAAUUCUCACUCAUUGCAGCUAUGGAAUUUUAAGGAAUCCAAUCUUGAAGAGAUUGAUUUCAGAGGUGGGGCUCUUGGUCAAUUAAACGCUGAUGCACUACCAACCAGUCUUAAAGUGUUAACCAUGAAGAACUUACGUAUUGAAGAAUUAGUUGGUUCUUUUGGAAAUUUAAAGAAACUAGAGAAAUUGAUUCUCGGAUGCAAUGAUAUAAAAUAUGUCAGUUUUUUGGAAUUUCCAUCAUUGAAAUUUUUAGAUUUAGGAUACUGUAAGUUUGAUUUGAUACCACCAGUUACAGUGAUGUUUCUUAAUCAAAAAUUAAAAGAACUUAAAUUGUAUUCAAAAACGAUGGAUGUUACCGUCCUGAAACAAGAUAUAUGUCUUGAUCGGAAUUUCAAACGGGUGAAAAGAGAUUUUAUGGAUUAG